UCACUCUACCACAUCCAGCAACGCACGCACACCUUGGGUUUUCGUUCCCAUGAGGUAGCAUACUUACUACGCACCCUCGAUCACUUUGCAUUUGAUACUCUACGACUGGGCCUCUUCUACUCAUUCAAGCACACUCGAUUAUACAGGACUUUCGACUCAUCACCCGCACAGCCCCCAUUCUUCGACUGCUCGCCGCGCUUGCUAUCGACUCGUUGACGGCGUGGGCCAUUGCACCCGCCGCAGACCCCCUCCCCCCCGCCUUUCAAUCGCGUCCUUACUACAGAGCCGACUUUUGCUUCUCAUGAGGCCGCUCGACACAAGUCGCGGAAUCACGUCCGAAUCGUCACAGCCAUGUAUCUUCCACGGGCACUCAUAUCCAAACUCUAUCUCCACCUACAAAAUACGCGACACCCUCUCUCCCCUCCAGUUCUCGUCCUUGUCGCGCUCGAGCCCGACGCUCUCUGCGCAUGUCGAAUCCUGACCCGCUUACUGAAGCACGACUACAUUCCCCAUAAGAUCCAGCCCGUCUCCGGAUAUGCCGACCUCGAUCGCGCCGGCCGGAAUCUGGUUCAACCCAUGAUGGAGACCCAAGGAGGCAGCGGAGGAGUGGUUGUUUGCCUCGGUGUUGGCGGCAUGGUCGACCUGGGAAGUUUGCUGGGACUGGAAUCAGAGGGGGAAGAAUUGACAUUUGGUGGUGUUGAAGUUUGGGUCAUGGACUCUCAUCGUCCGUGGAACUUGGGUAAUGUCUUUGGUGGCUUUCCCCUUGAGCCCGUUGUCGAGGAGGGCGCCAGCCUACGGUCAAGAUGUCCUGCAGGCGUAACGGCGGGUCGCAUUGACCGCACAUACCAACCUGGAAAAGGCGGUAUCGUCGUAUUUGAUGAUGGCGACAUCGAAGACGACCUGACUGCGGAAAAGGAAGCGUAUCUGGCCUUGCUCGAUAUGCCCGAGGUUGAUGACGACGGCGAUGAUUUGGGAGACAACGACGAUGCCGACGACGAGGAUCUGUUCGAAGAAUCUGCACAUGCCGGUCAAAAGAGGAAAAGCUGGUCCGAUCCUGACGAAGAGGACGAGUCUAGCGACACGGAUGAUCGGCCGCACCAACGAAGAAGAAGCAAUUCUUCAUCUUCGAUACCCUCAUCGCCACAACAUCCAGCUCACAGAGGGCUGGUCUCUCUGCGGGAUGCCGGUAUGGUUCUCUCCAGUGACCCUCUGGAACCUCCAUCUGCUGCUCAACCACCGCCCGCACCAUCUGCCAAAGUGCUGCGACGUCGCCUGCUACGGCUGCGAAGAGAGAAGGAAGACAUUCUCCGAAAGUAUUACAAGAUUGGCGCCUCCUUCUCCGAGCCAAUUUCUUCGAUGAUGUACUCGUUGGCCUCAGAGCUUGGCCGAGAAGACAACGACUUACUAUGGCUCACCAUUGUUGGUGUCACCUCAAUGGAGCUUUACGGCAGAUCCUCUGCAGGUAUUGCGGUCCCAGUUCGCAACUCUGACAGGGGUCAAGGAAACGGAUGGAUGGGAGUCCGAGGUGCCCGUAUCCGCCAACUGCUACGAGACGAAGUCCGACGUCUCAACCCCCCUGAAGUCACCAAUGGUCGCGCGUCGACCGCCGAGAGCUCAGGCCUCAUCCCCACCACGGCUCGUAGUCCUGAAGACACAAGCAUUAGACUGUCACCGGAGCCCAAGUUCCUCCUGAUCAGACACUGGAGUCUUUACGACAGCAUGCUUCAUUCGCCGUAUCUGUUUGCGCGGCUGAAGACUUGGAGCGAGACAGGUCUGAAGCGACUCCACAAACUCCUCGCCAAGAUGGGUGUCAGCCUGGUUCAGUGCAAGCAGAGUUACACGCAUAUGGACAUGAUGCUGAAGCGAGAGCUGCGGACGAAGCUGCUCAAGUACGCUUCUCUGUACAACCUGGACGACAUGGUUCCUUCGGUCGAUACGGAUGGCAGGGACCGCGCUGGCGCCAAGGACGGCUGGGGAUUCGUCCGCAGUUGGGGCUGGCGAGCAACCCUAAGUGCGCAGGAUGUCGGCGUGGUCAUCGGCGCCCUUCUGGAAGUGGGAAAACAUAACGACGUUGCCGAGCUCACGCAAGCGCCCAAGGAAUCUCAAUUCGAUGAAGUGGAUGAUGAUGAGGUCGUCGCCGCGCAAGGAGAGGAAUGGGUUGGUCGAUUCUGGGAAGCUUAUGAUGCACUCGAGGACAUUGAUGCCCUCAAAGCAGGACUACCCACUGCCCAAUUCCUCCAUCGUGCUAUCUACCGCACCGGCACAUCACUCAUCAACAAGAAACAGAUCAAGCACCUGCGAGCAUUCCGUAUGUGCGUGGUCAAAGAAGGACCCGAUGUUCCCGUCUUCGGGCACCCGGCUGCACUCACCAAACUUGCUCUCUGGGUUGGCGAGGCUCUCGUAGAGCAAGAGAAGGACACUACAGGUCGUCUGUCUCACGGAGGUCGCGGCACACCGCUAGUCGUUGCCAGCCUCAACGACAAGCGCGGCGUCUAUCUUGUUGUGGGGACAGGCGGCGGCGGUGGCCCGGACACCACAUUCCUUGACCGCGAGGCCGCCAAAAAGCGGCAAGUGGCCAAGGAAGCGAAAUCUAAGCAGCUUGAGGAGUCGCGGCGCAAGAAGAAAAACAUCCGCGAAGAGAAGCGGGCGGCUCGUCGAGCUACUGGUCAGGAGGACGAGGACGAGGAUGAGGAGCUGGAUACAGAGUCAGAGGCAUCUGGUGGCUCGGACUCGGAAGGUGACGAGGAAGAGGAGGCCAAGGAAAAGGGCUACGGCCUAAACCGCUUUGGAUCGGCGUUCCAGGAAGUUGUGGCUGAGACCAACGCCCGCGUCCGUAUAGACAGCUUCGAGCACUGCGUGGUGGAAGUCAAAAAGGAGGAUCUGGGCGGCUUCUUGGAAAGCCUGAGCAUGAAGACCGUUGUUGGUUGAUGGGGUUCAAAAGCAUGGCGGGCGAGGAAGAGAGUGGUGCGACAAGAGGGCGUCCGGGGUACUCGAAUCAAACUACAGGCCAAGGCGUCUUCAUGUUUGGGUUUUCUUUUUUAUUCUGACGAUGGUUGAGGAGGGGGGGGUACAGACGAGCGGGCUGGACUUGGGCGAAAGACAGUUAACGAGACAUGGGCAUGGGGUCAUUGUGCUUUUCUUUCUUAAUAUCCUUGCCUGCGGGAUUCUUGCGGCGGCUACAAGCCUGUUCUUGUAGCCCAGGCGUUUAUACGGCAGAUCAAAUAACCACAUACCCC